AUGCCUCAAGAGGCUCCGGCGGACACGGCAGGUCCGUCGUCGCCACCUCCCCGAAUGCCUGAGGGAUGGCUCCCUCAAUGGGAAGGGGUCCAGCGUAAAUGGUAUUAUGUCCAACGAGCGACAGGCAAAUCACAGUGGGAAAUUCCGACCGAACCAGUCGUUCUCACGCCAUCGACAACACCCACAUCUAUCGGCACCGGCCCCUCACAAGUACCCUCGCGACCAUCAACAAAUAGCCCCCAAGUGACUGGAUUGGCAAAUAAAUUAGCGGGACGCAUUGAUGCUGUUGCAGCCAGUGCGAGGACCUCCAGCUCACUAGAUGCCCAGCUCAAUGGACAGUCUGCAGACCCAUCGAUCGGACAUCCGGGGAAACCAGGUUGGUAUCACGAUCAGACUGGACAGCAUAUGGGCCAUGUAUACCACCAAAAUGCCCACGUAGGCGAAGGUGGUUAUAGUUCGGGACUGCAUCAUAAUGGAGCCCCCAGAAACAUAAGCGUCGAACCAUCAGCAUACUAUCCCGGCCAUCCGCUUGCCAAUCAUGUCGUUGGCCAACAGCCUUUUAUUGGGAACUCUUGGGGUCACGCAGGACAGGCGAGUGGCUAUAACAUGCACCCUCAAGAUUCUUAUCAAAACUUGGCAAUGGGGCUUCAACAUUCACAUCAGAUGGAGGCAUACUCUUCCUCUGCAGCCAUUGAUGAAUGCCAAGUUCCAGGUUUGGGAGCCGAUCAACCCCCGCAACCCCAAUGGCGGGUGGAGCAACAGCCUGCUCAUCAAAGCGCUCCACAUUACACGGUUGCCACAAACUCUAGCUCCGCCAAUUCAUCCCGGCCAUAUCUCGGGUCGUACCCAACACCCCAAACGAGCGGCUGGUCACAUGGAAAUUUCACCUCACGAUCGUCACAAUCAUCUGAGCCCUCGCAUCCCGGAGGCGAUUACAAUGCGAAUCGGGCCGCCCAACAGACUGGCCACCCGAUGUCGCGAUCUCAAUCCCAUCAUAGCCUGUUUCAUCAGCAAGUCAGUCCUGAAGUUGGUAGCUCUGGAAAUCCGCAGCCCCACGGCUACUCCCAACAGCCGAUACCUUCUCAUGUUCAAUACAGCGGCGCUAAUAUGGUGAACUCCCAAUCUGGAAUGGGAUUUAAUUCGAUGGUAUUCCCGCCAGCCCUGGAAGCUCAGUCCAUGGGUCAAUUCUACCCAAACCCUCCCUCGCAGCCUGGAGUCCAUCAAUACCUGCCACAGCAACAUCCAAAUACCCAUGGAGGCAAUAUCCCCGGUGCUGGGUAUUCGCAUCAAUAUGCACAGGCUACUGGUCAAUACAACCAGUGGCGUGGUUCAGAUCAACACAUGUCACGGGUAUCAGCCUCGGAUUCUCAAUUCAUUAGUGGUCCAUGGGGAUCGUCGCCACCAGCAUCGGGGCUUCCACCUUCGACUCGAUAUGAAUGA